UGCUCGGCUGAGGUUAGGAGUUGAUGCCGGAGAGUAGAGCGGAUAGCUAGCAUGGCGUCACGUGCAUGGAGCACCUGCGACACCUCCGAUGGGCAACAUCCAUGCUUUGUCCAACGUUGUCAGUUCUAAGUCAGUCACUUAACUCCUGGGCCAUCUCGAGGGCCGAAUUCAACCUGCCUGGGCAAACCCGAUAGCCCGCCUUGUUUAUUCGCUCCUGUCGCUCAUCGCUGUACCACAAGAGCGGACUCAACUUUUGUCUUUCUCCUGGUCAUGAAAACCAGAUAAACGGUCGAGGUUACCCGAUGCUACAGUUCAGGCGGCCACUAUGCCGUCGCUGCUUAUAUCUUAGGCAUAGUCGGCCAUUAUCUCAGCGCGCAGGUUUCGCGAAUGUUCAGCAGGUAAAACUCAAGAAACCAUGGGUCAAGAGGUUCUUCACAUCGUUCUUCCUCUAUGGCGCUGCAUUUAAUAUAUGGUGUUCCUUGGUCCUCCUUCGCUUCGACGAGGCCGAUGAUAUUGACGCUGAAGAUGGAAAACCCCCGAAACCCAACAAGCAACAUACGGAGGAGAGUCCGGGCGAAAUGGACGACGCGGACGCACUCUUCAUCCCUCUCACCUUGCCCAGUGUUCGGCCGGGCGAACUUUAUGCGCCAUCAGACCCCGAGUGGAAGGAGUUUGUGAAGAUCGCCCGUGAUAAGCAACGACUUCCUGCACUGAGAGAUGAGUUGGUAUCAAUUGUAUGGAAGAAGGCUUCUGAGUCCAAUCAAAUCAUACGUGUGCUUGGGGGCCCUCUUACCUUGACUGGGUCCUGGCUUGUUCAUCGCUUUCCGUAUCGAGCGCCUCCCCAGUUCGAACUAUCAGGAUUAGAAUUUGGUCACGAGGGCGUCUUGUGGACCUCCAGGCCAAUGGCACCUGAACAAGGAUCUCGGCUCGUGAAGUGCCUACUUCCGUUUGCUGUAACUCUCGCCAUGAAAGAUGCGUAUUUAGUGCUGUGGAGAAAACAGGUCGACCACGUGAAGGAAUUUAUAGGAUUUAAUAAACCUGAGCCGAUCGCUCAACCUUCAAUACCACUCGAUCAGUCGACUCUUGCAGGGCACACAACAACGGACACAAAGUUUCCUCCUGCCGAAGCAGAAACGCGCAUGCGUACGGAAGGUGAGCUUGGGGAGGAUAUUUCAAAAGGUGGACAGCCAAUCGUACAGCAUCCAUCAGCAAUUAUAUCCACAUUACAGCGACUCCCCAGACCCCAGUUUGGGCCUGGGUCGGAUUUACACGAAGCUUCGGCAGCUUUUAAGAAGAGACUAAAGGAGAUAUGGAAAAGAGAUCCUCAAGUACCUCGGCGCGGUGUAUUCUACAUGGCUGGUCCUGUCGGCCUAAAGGGGCCCAAGGGAUAUUGCAGAAUUGAGGUACGGGGUGAAUAUGACCCUACAACCCGAACUUGGACAGCGGUGUCUAUGCAGGUCAAGGACUUGAAUCUGAACAAUCAAAGGGCACUACGUGUCUAGGUAAAGGUUUAAUUUAAAAAGUAAUAAGUUAAAGGAAUUAAAAAAAUAUUAAAAAGUCUUGGCCGGGCUCAGCCUGAGUAUCCCAUCCCGUUCCUAAAAGUUUGUUUCCUCUGCUUUUCCCUGUGCAGUAGACUCAG